CGCCUUUGUGCGCGCCCAAUCACAGCCCCCGACUGCCUCCGCAGCCCAUCUUUUUGCGGGAAAGAACCGCGACCGCAACAUCCACGCCCUACGCUUUCCGUUACGCACUGCUCUCUCCGUCGGCAGACCGGCUCCGCAUCCUAGACGAAAUGGCGAAGCAGGAAGACACGCCCGAUGGCGUGCCUAAUUCCGCGAGCGCGAAACCUGCCCCGAGGCCAGAGGCGCCCAAACUCGACCCCAUAUACUACACAUGGAGCAGCACCUUCUCCAUCCUCAUGGGCCGCUAUGUAACCGGCAACCGCGACGUACCACUGGAGCGUAAAUACUUCGAGGAGAUGGACGCCAUAAAAGCAGACUCCUACUGCAAGCGCUGCGAGACGUACCGCGACUACCUCCUCCAAUACUCGCCCAUUGUGAAGUUCAUGAAGGACGAGGUGGGCAAGCUGGGCGGCGAUCUGAACGGGAAAAAUAUUCAUUGCAGGAUGUGCACGGCGGAGCAGAGCGGAGGGUUCCACGUCGACCAUGGCAUCAUGCUUUGCGCGAACAAGUUCCGGAAUCGGGGACACCAGGAGGAUACCAUGGCGCACGAGAUGGUGCACGCGUGGGACCAUCUGAAGUUCAAGGUCGAGGACAACAAUUUGCGGCAUCAGGCCUGCCUAGAGAUCCGCGCCUCCACCCUUUCCGGCGAGUGCCGUUUCGCCCGCGAAUUCUUCACCAAGAACCAAUGGCGCAUAACCGAGCAACUCCAGAACUGCGUGCGGCGUCGCGCAACGCUCUCCAUGUUGGCGCGGCCCGGCAUCAAAGAUGACGUGCACGCCGCCAAGGUCGUCAAUGAGGUGUGGGACAGCUGCUUCCAUGAUACGAGGCCCUUUGACGAGAUAUAUCGGUGAUUGGACUGGGCUGGGGGUAGCCGAGGUAUAGAUGUGAGGAUGUAAGAUUUGUAACAUAGUAGGGAAAGAUGGGGCUUUGAUUACGUGCAUAGCGAGGGCGUUGAUAUACCAUAGGGCUUGCAAUCCUCACUCUGGGUUCGUGGGGUUUUGUAACAGUACUACGAUAGUGGAUGUGCCAAAUGCCUAGCAGGAGGCAAGUGCCUCGGUCGGACUUCGUUGUUCGAGCUUUUCGUGCGUAUUCAAAAUCGGUAUUCGAGGAGAACGUGCUUGGACAGUUUCAUUGCAGCUCAGAUCCACGCGUCUCAGCACACAAAGCGCGUGUU